AUGCCAGUCGAUGUUGUGAUCCGGCCAAUGUCUCCAACCAGUUUCAUGAACACAAGCAUGAGUGUUCUUCCUGUACUGGCUCCACCCGAUUGGGACCCUUCGUUCCACGGUUCCGUUCACACAGCGACACUGACCGUGUGCACAGUGUUGGUAAUCUUUGUGGUGAUCCUCGGCACUUUUGGCAAUGGAUUAGUGUUGCUGUCAGCGCUGCAGUGUCGGAGGCUGCGCUCCAAUUUUGAUAUGCUGAUUUUCAACCUAGCCGGAGCCGAUUUUAUCAUCUCUGGUUGUUUAUCAGCGACGUUUUUGUACUUGCUGUUCUCUAACCCGCCGUCGCCAAGGGAGUUUUGUGGUGGCUUUCUGUUUACUUCCACGCUGUGUGGCUUGUUGUCUUUACUGACUUUGGUGGCUAUCGCCGCCCACAGGGAAUCACGAGUGCGAGGCAGGUUGAAAGGCGCUUUGAGUACAACACGAACAGCGUUUAUUUUAAGUAUUAUCUACAUCAUCAGUAUAGGAACGGCCUUGGGUGGAACUCUUCAUGUGACCCUCUCCUGGACUCAGGCUUACACCACCUGUCAAGCGGUUAUCAACAGCAACGAUAUUACCACCAACAACGUAAUUCUAUUCUUCGUUAGCCCCAUCAUUAUCAUUAGCUUCACCAUCAUCGUCAUCUCCUACAGUAUCAUCGCCAGAGCUGUACGUGUUCAGACAUAUCUUAGAGUCAAGGCUCUUCAGCCAUUGUUAAAACCACCAACGAGUGUUCCUGUGCAGAAUGCAUUGCCAAUUGAUUCAGCAUCUAUCGACGUGCAGAAAAUCUUAGUUGACAACACUAAAGUUCCUCGGAAAAACGAACCCUUGAAGCACUGUACUUGUUGCAGCUGCAUGGUCGCCUUGGACAAGGAGAACAAAGCCGUUACCAUGUGUUUUGUUGUCAUCGUCAUAAUCGCUUUGUGCUGGGCACCGUUGGUGAUCUCUCAUAUUUUAGAGAUGAUUAUCGGAGAAUCGAUAAUAUUAUAUCAAGUUAAAAUUUGUGGUAUCGCCCUAGUCUUUCUGAACAGCGCUUUAAACCCUUAUUUGUACGCUCAAAACAGAGGUAGGAUCAAAAAGAAGUAUGGACGUUUUUUCUGGAAUAUGCUUCGCUGUGAAUGUCAAAUGCCAAACCCUAAAAAAUUUCAAACACUUUUGCAUAAACGACCAAGAACUCGUUCGUUGGGCAAAUCAAUGAAAACUCAAGAUUUUGCUUCAGUGCGGUUUUUACAUCCAAAAUCUAGAAAGAUACUUAAAAACUGUGACAGUUUAAACAAAAAUGCUCCUUCCAUGAAAGAUCAACGAAUGCAGUCAACGCAUAAAACAUACACACAAAAUGUUCUCUUGUACGGGGGUGGAACACUGCGUCAUUUAUCUUUGGAUAGCAGACGACCAGAUAUGAGCCAUAACAGGAAACUUUACGCGCAAAAUGGAAGAAUAAGUGACGUUAGAUCACUGGUGCACAAAACCUGUUGUCACGCCCAUUCCCCUGACAACCAGAGUUUGGUGGAUUCUUGA